UAUACAAUCAUCUACAAGUAGAAAUAGAUACAUAAUUAGGAAUUCAUUGAUGCAAAGUUUUACGAGAAAGUCAUGAAUCUGUUCUAAAACAUAAUAAAAAUUCUAAUAAACAAAUUUCUAAUUUUCUGAAGAACGUAAUUUAAAUAUUCAAUGUCGAAGACGCGGAGAAUUUCGCCAGCCGGCUGAAUCGCGCUUCGUUUGCACAGGCGGGCCCGAAAAACUCACAAAUGGGAAAAAAGGAGUCGAGAGGAUCCGCUCCGCGCGGAUCGCUUAAAAUUCCGCGGGCGUGUUAGCGAAAGUCCACGUUUUCUCGCGAGCCAUCGACGUGUCAAACGCAAUCAAACGACCGUCUUAAACAAACAUGCAAACACGAUCGUGCCGGACACGCCGCGAGGUAGGGUAUCGUGGUAGGUAUUUUUUUCCCGAGAACUCUUUUGACACGGCGCUAUUUCAAUUUUCACGCUCUCCCCUUUCACUCGCGUCAACAAACGGAAAUUUUACUUUUUGCUUAAUCCACCGAUAAGAGUUUUGAGAGUCUCCAGGAAUCGCGAGGAUUGUGUGUCAAGAGUAGAGAUUGCUCCUCGAAUCCUCUUAUAUGUAUAUUCAUUCGUCCGGGAAAUUAAUCAAGUUUGCGGGAAUUAAUCAUUCGUGUGAGACUUUUUUUAUUUUCGGCGGAUUGCAACGAAGCGCCAUUUCCAAAAUUCUCGCAGAAAGCGGAAUAUCGGAGGCCGGCUAAUGAACCCGGUUAGAGAUAGUUUAAUUGGCUGCGCAUAAACGGGUGAAGCAGUCCCCAUAGCAAAUCUAGCAGUUCAGAAAAUAGUACAAAACUGACUGAGAACAUCGAAAAUCGUGCGUUCGGAAUCGUUAGUAAUACCGUUAUUGGAAUUGUCGGCACUGACGCUCCGCUUCUCCCAAAUCUCUUCCCCUACUCAACAACUGUUUCGAUUUCGAGGGUAAGGAUGCAACGGAGGACGAUCGAGUGGGAAAGUUUUUCCUACCUGCGCUCGCUGGGACAGGGUGGCGCGCAUUUUUCAGAGGAAAGGUGCGAUUUUUUUCGGCGAGUGUCGCUCCAAGUGUUACACGGGGAGGGGGAACGCGACGAUUCCGCAUCCGAUGACGGAGGAAGCGAGCGACCCACACGAAACGCGCGGCGUCGAAGUCUCCGCAGCGGGCGGCCGGGCGAGUCCCGCCACUCGAAAACGAUGGCUCGCCUCGUGGUAAAAGUAUUGACACGCCGUGUCCUCGUUGUGUAUAUAUAGGGGUGCCUGCUAAGAAGGCAUUGUAGUUCCUCGCCGAACGUCUGCAGGACAGCAUCGUGGAUACUUGUCCUGCGUUCGAGUUCUUCUUCCUCUGCGGAAAUCGCUGUAAUCGUCGAAGAGAGGAAAAAUGCUAGCGCUGCUAUUGUUUGGUGCUCUCGUGGCGUUGUCAUCCGCCCAAUUUCAACCGCAACCCGGCGGACGGAUUCUGGAGUCGCCCAUCCCGAUGCUCUGCGCGCAAAGAACGAUCCAUCAGCGAUUCAACGGGAAGGGCUACUUCUUCUCAUGGAACGAUCCUAGGACUGCCGGGCAGGAGGUGGACUGGCUGACCGGCAGGAAUUUCUGCCGACAGCGUUGCAUGGAUCUCGUCUCGUUGGAAACCUCCGCCGAGAACGAGUUCAUCAAGAGCCGCAUCGUUCAAAGUACAUUUUCUCGUUUCACAAGAAAUUCGUUGUUGCAAGACGAGAAUGAAGAAGAGGUGCUAAUGAAGGUGGCAUUUUUUUUCCUUACAGACAAGGUGAAGUACAUCUGGACUUCCGGUCGCUUGUGCGACUUCAAGGGCUGCGACCGGCCGGACCUGCAGCCUCUCAACAUCAACGGCUGGUUCUGGACCGCCGAGCUGCAGAAACUCGCGCCGACCAACGAGCGCGGCCAGAACGACUGGUCCGAAAGCGGCGGCAUCGGCAAGCCGCAACCCGACAACCGCGAGGCCAUUCAAGGCGGCGCGCCCGAGAACUGCCUGGCCGUCCUCAAUCAGUUCUACAACGACGGCGUGAACUGGCACGACGUGGCGUGUCACCACAAGAAGCCGUGGGUCUGCGAGGAGAACGAGUCCCUGCUGCGAUACGUUCGCUUCGCCAACCCGAACAUCCGCGUGUAAAUCCGCGAUAGCGGAAGGAACUCGCGCGCGGGAACUCGCAAGCGAAGCUUGCGAGUUUCAAGCGCACCCACGAAAGUUACAACGUCGAAGGGCGCGUCUCCACGCGCGCCACGCCGGAGGAGCCGACUGAGUAGUAUAUAGCGCAUCUUAUUUAUUGCAAUCGUAACGUUAUUAAUAAUACCUCUACGCACUUACGCCCGAUGAAAAAACGCGCGGAUCGCCCGACCCGCGCGAUUCCCAAGCAAAUACAACUGCACGCACUUCUCGACUCCGGGAGAUAUCGCUAUUUAUAUUCGCAGACGUAAGACGCACCGAGGAAAAUGAAACGUUGGGUCGAUAAAAAAUUGGCGAUCAUUCUCGUUCGAACAAAUAUAUAAAAAUAUUAAUUAAAUAAAUUGGGCGCUGCAACGAUGAGUCACGUUGACGUGACGUACUCGGCUAAUCGCAAUUACUCAAAUGAUUUACAAUGUGAAUUGAACGUUGAAGUAAUUAUACAAUUUAUUUAAACGACUUAACAUUUGCCUGGAGAAACCUUCGUUCAGCCAAAUUUUGUUUGUUAAUUUUACUACGUUUUUCUCAGUGUAGGUACAUGGAGCAUAAUAAUAUUGUAAUAUUCAGGGUUUUUAGAAUUGUAGUUUCCGAAAACAGUUAUGUGGAAUUAAUUUUAAAAAUAGUACGUACACGUAUAGCGACUGUACAUCCCACGUAGCAAAAUAAAUUCGUGAUUAAUCGACACUGUGCAAUUAUUCAUUUCGUUUUUUAUACAUAAAGGAACGGCGUUUCACUUUUACGCACUCAUUUGUAUUAUCAGAUCAUUUAAUUGUACGAGCCAAGAGUCUGCCUUGCGGAAAAAAACUCGAGGAAAUAAAUGCACAUUAGUAAAAUAGAUACGAUAUGCAUCACAGACGUUGAACAAGUGCUAACAGUGUAUAUAUUUACUUAAUCAGGCGAAUUUCAUUAAUGUACAAAAGCAUCGUAAAAAACCAUAGGCUUCCAACAAAAAAAAA